UCAUUAUGAGAAUUUUAGGAAUAGAUAUUAGGAUCCAAAAGAUGGCAGUAGUGCAACAAUAACGCAUGCAAGCUGCCGUUAAUAUCAAAAGAAGAAGAAGAAAAAGGAAAAACGUAAACAUGUUGCACGGUUCCCAUACCGCCCUCAUUUGAUCCAAAUUGGUUAAUGAGUCGUGGAAUACCCUUAUAAGAAAGCUAAAAGUGCACAAUGUAAAGAGGACAUUUUCUAGUUUGAUGGCGGGUUUGGUGUCCUACGUAAAUAUGUGAGUGUCUGCAGUGAAAACGUCUUGGGUUCAGCCCAGAGAUAGAUUAACAACGAACAGGAAACUCCUGCUGAAGAAACAUUCAUGGAGUUCAAAGACGUUUUCGUCAAAUCGGAGGAAGAGAUGGAUGAUCAGCGCAGACUGCUGGAUUUCAGCCGGAUACCCCUGAUCAUCUUACACCGAAUAGAUCCCCAAAAUUAUUGUGUAUAUAAAGACGAGGGGGUUUACAGCAACCAGGAGGGGAACUCUACUUUAAAUGAAGAGGAACCAGAACCUCGGCAGAUAAAACAGGAGCAAGAGAAAGAAGAACACCAACAGUUUAAGGAGGAAGAGGGGCAACUCUGCGUCAGUCAGCUUGACAAGCAACUUUUGCUGAAACAGGAGACUGAUGACAUUUUAAUUAUUCCUUCUAAUGUACAAAGACUUCACAAUGAAACAGAACAAAACAGAAACCAACUAAUCUCUCAGGCAUUUUCUGAAGUUGAGAACCGGGAUCAGGAAGGAAACAAUAAUGAGGACCCAGGGAAAAGGACAGAAGAGAAUGAGAGAUAUGAGAAAACCAUAAAGCAGAAAGGUACUGCUGACAUUUCAAAGCAAAAAAUGAACAAGAAAAAUUACCCAGACCAACAUAUAUAUUCUUGUAAAAUUGGUUCUAAAAACCUUUCUCAAAAAAAUCACUUGAGUACACAUAUGAAAACACACAAGGCUAAGAAGCCCUUCUCAUGUACAAGCUGUGCAAAAAAGUUCCCCUGCAGAAGCAGUUUGAAAGCUCAUAUGAGAGCUCACACAGGUGAGAAGCCUUUCUCAUGUGUGACCUGUGGAAAGAGUUACAGUGAUAGAAGUGGCUUAACUUAUCACAUGAGAACUCACACAGGCGAGAAGCCUUUCAUAUGUGUGACUUGUGGAAAGAGAUACAGCGAUAGAAGUGGUUUAACUUAUCACAUGAGUACUCACACAGAUGAGAAGCCUUUCACAUGUGUGACCUGUGGAAAGAGUUACAGUAGUGCAUCCGGUUUAACUUAUCACAUGAGUAGUCACACACAUGAGAAGCCUUUCUCAUGUGGGACCUGUGGAAAACUUUUUGCAACAAAAUCACAUUUGUCAUAUCACCUGACAACACACACAGGUGAGAAGCCUUUCUCAUGUGCGACCUGUGGAAAACUUUUUGCAAGAAAAUCUCGUUUGACAUAUCACAUGAGAACUCACACAGGUGAGAAGCCUUUUUCAUGUGUGACCUGUGGAAAACGUUUUGCAACAAAAUCUCAUUUGUCAUAUCACAUGAGAACUCACACAGGUGAGAAGCCAUUCUCAUGUGUGACCUGUGGAAAAAGUUUUACAAGAAAAACUUAUUUGGCAUGUCACAUGAGAACUCACACAGGUGAGAAGCCUUUCUCAUGUGUGACCUGUGGCAAAAGUUACAGUAAUGGAAGUGGCUUAACUUAUCACAUUAGUACUCACACUGGUGAGAAGCCUUUCUCAUGUGUGACCUGUGGAAAGAGUUACAGUAAUCGAACUGGUUUAUCUUGUCAUAUGAGAAGUCACACUGGUGAGAAGCCCUUCUCAUGUGUGACCUGUGGAAAGAGUUACUUUGAUAGAAAUGGUUUAAUUUGUCACAUGAGAGCUCACACGGGUGAGAAGCCUUUCACUUGUGUGAACUGCGGAAAAAGUUUUGGUCGAAAAAAUCUUUUAAAGAUUCACCUGAGAACUCACACAGGUGAGAAGCCUUUUACAUGUGUGACCUGUGGAAAAGGUUUUACGACAAAAGAUAAUUUGACAUGUCACAUGAGAACUCACAGAUGAGAAGCCCUUCUCAUCUGUAAAUACAUCUUUUUCAUAAGCAUUACAUUACAAAUACAUUGAAUUAUAUCUUUAUUUUGGCUCUUCUUUCACUUUCCUUUCUCUGCCCCUAAAGGAUGGCUUUUUGUGACAUUGUUUUACUUUCUUGCCCUCCACCUGUCCUUUGGAAGUUAAGGAGCAGAAAGCUCAUAUUACCAGAGCAGCAUGACUUACUGUGGCCACUAGGGGGCCAUGAAUUAUGUGUUUUGUUACUAUAACCCAGACAUGUUCACAAGUAAUUUUUUGCAAGUCAAGUCUUGAGCGCUCAAGUCAAAUCCAGUCUCAAGUCUUGAGUAGGCCUGUCGCAAUAAUCCAUUAAUCGCACAAUAAAUUCUAAUCACAUUAAUUAAUCAAAAUAAGUGCAAUAAUUUGCGGAAGCAUGCUUGCUUGUUUUUAGCAAAAAGGUUUUAUUAAGCUGCAAGGUUUUAUUCCAGAGGGGAACUUUACUCACCUUGUUACUGUAUGUUUCUCUUAAACGCAACAGCUGCAGGAUUGGAGUUUUAGGAUUUAAGCCAAACAAUGCCACCUGCUUAAUUUACCAGACUCAGUAGGCCAAGAGGAUAUACUCGUGUUAUUAUGGUAUUAUCAUAUUAGUUGAAAAAGGUCCCCAAAUGACAAUGAUAUGAUAUAUCACAAUAAGUUUUAGAAAAAAAAUAUCAUCCAGCAAAAUUGUGACAGGCCUAGUCUUGGGUAAAGUCCUGGGUAUUUGAGUGAAACAGUCAAAAUGCAAAUGACUUUAUAGUACUAAUGAUCUUUCAUUAGAAAGCUGUUAUAUCUACGGAAUGAUCAUGAUCUUGAACUGGUAAAUGAAAAAUACAAUUAAAAAAAGAAAAAAAAA